CCCUGUCCUGCUGAGAGUGUGCCAGGGUCAUCCGGAGUCGAGGUAUCGUCCUUGCCAGCACAGCCUGAUGCUGCCCUCAGUCGGGUCCCAAGACACACACCCGGGGACCUGCCCUAAGUCUUGCUGUGGCAGGAGCAUGGGGCCCAGGAGCCACCACUUCAGCCUCGUCUUCUCUGUCUCCAGCCUGGGCCUUCUGUUUCUGUUCUCACUGUUUCCAGAGUGCUUGGGUGCCGAGGGCAAGCUGGCUCACAAACUCUUCCGUGAUCUCUUUGCCAACUACACAAGUGCCCUGAGACCCGUGGCAGACACAGACCAGGCUCUGAAUGUGACCCUGGAGGUGACAUUGUCCCAGAUCAUCGACAUGGAUGAGCGGAACCAGGUGCUGACCCUGUACCUGUGGAUCCGACAGGAGUGGACAGAUGCCUACCUACGAUGGGACCCCGAUGCCUACGGUGGCCUUGACGCUAUCCGCAUCCCCAGCAGUCUCGUGUGGCGACCAGACAUCGUACUCUACAACAAGGCGGACGCGCAGCCACCGGCCUCCGCCAGCACCAACGUGGUCCUGCGGCACGACGGCGCCGUGCGCUGGGACGCGCCGGCCAUCACGCGCAGCUCGUGCCGCGUGGACGUGUCGGCCUUCCCGUUCGACGCGCAGCGCUGCGGCCUGACGUUCGGCUCCUGGACGCACGGCGGGCACCAGCUGGACGUGCGUCCACGCGGCACCGCCGCCAGCCUGGCCGACUUCGUGGAGAACGUAGAGUGGCGCGUGCUGGGCAUGCCGGCGCGGCGGCGCGUGCUCACCUACGGCUGCUGCUCGGAGCCCUACCCCGACGUGACCUUCACGCUGCUGCUGCGCCGGCGCGCCGCCGCCUACGUGUGCAACCUGCUGCUGCCCUGCGUGCUCAUCUCGCUGCUCGCGCCGCUGGCCUUCCACCUGCCGGCGGACUCGGGCGAGAAAGUGUCGCUCGGCGUCACAGUGCUGCUGGCGCUCACCGUCUUCCAGCUGCUCCUGGCCGAGAGCAUGCCGCCAGCGGAGAGCGUGCCGCUCAUCGAAGAGAGGUGUCGGGUUACCGCCGCGGGGGCUAUAGUUAGCCGCGGGACUUUGUUGAUCGGCUAGACUCCCGGGACAGCGCAGCACCCGCCGGGACUUAAGCCCCCCGCCGGCCCGAGCGGUCAGUGUUCCUUCCCGCUGUCGCCCCUGCAACUUCCAGGCCCGCCCUCGGCCCCGCCCACAGCGUCUUGGGCCGGAUCCAGGACAGAGACCCUUCACACCCCAGAGGAAGGGACCCCGAUCUCUGUCUCCCAGCCCAUCGCCAGUGGUGCCCUCUUCAUCUGGAUCUCGCCCUCCUGA